AUGAUGAGCUCGGAGCGUUUGGUGCUGUCGCUAGCUUUAGGCACUAUACUCGCGGUGUGCGGCUUAUAUUGUAACAAAUUAUUUAAUCGUCGUCGUCCAAAGAGCUUAGCAGCUGCAAGACUAGACGCGGCGCCUCGUGUACGACUCUCACAGCUGCAACAGUCAGGCUGUUGGGUGGCACUGUGCGGGACGGCGUUUGAUGUGACUGGAGAUCCGUUUUUUGACUUUAAGUGCGAUGGAAUUUACAGCCAUUGGAUAGGUCAUGACGUCACGAUGCUGAUUUUGCAGUUAGGACUCGUGCCGGACGCUGCGGACGAUGCGAAAGCAGUGAACAGCUACUUGGAUUGCGAGUUGCCGUUAGAUGCAUUUCAGGGUGAAGAGGAAGUGAAAAAGCGACGGUAUAAGCUUGUACAGGAGUGGUUUGUGCGCUUGUAUUCACGUUUUGAGGUAAUAGCCCAACUAAGCGACCGUUUUGUUGGUGAAAAGUGGGAGUCGCUUAGAGCGGAGCUCUUGUCGCCAGAAUUCAGACGAAGCACCGGCGGUAAAUGUCCGCUGGGAUUCGGUUCGAAGACAGAGAGCAAGGUAGUAACUUAUAAUCUAGAAACGAUAAGAAACCGGCGUUAUAUAAAAUUUCAAGGGCGAUGCUAUGAUGUGACGGAUUCGAAUUUAUUCCACCCAAAGGAUGGACAAUUUGCACAUUUUGUUGGACACGAUAUUACCUACGCGUUAGCAAUACAGUCCGCUCGGCAAGAAGAUUUGGAUGUGAUACCUAAUCGAGCUUAUACUUUUGAGGAACAGGUGUUAUUGGAAAGAUAUCGAAAAGCUUUUGCGCGUGAGUUGUUCCUUUUGGAAGUGGAGAAUGAAGAGAUGGAGAGUGUGGCUAGGACGGAGACGGUUAAUGUGCACCAAAUCAUCGAAAAAAGUGACAGUAUGACGCAGAAAGAGUGUGUACAUCGUUUGAAAAGAGCGCUUGAUAAAGCAAGCAAUGCUCAAGUUAACGCAGUUUGUUCUCGCACAACGAUGACUCCAUUACACAAAGCAGUGGAGAAAAAUAGACUGGAUCUUGUAGAGGAGUUAUUACGAGCGGGAGCCGAUGUAGAAGCGCGUGCAGCACUGUACGAUGACGAAACGCCAAUGCAAAUGGCUCGGCGCUUUCACUUUGACGACAUUGCCGCGCACUUGCAAUCUGUACGAGUGGGCAUCACCUGA